GCGCCUCUUCUUUGAUAUCCUCUGUCUCUCUGUCUAUGUGUGUGUCUCUGUGUGUGUGUCUCUGUCUCUAUAUCUCUCUCUGUCUCUGUGUGUGUGUCUCUGUUUGUGUCUCUGUGUCUCUCUAUCUCUGCGUGUCUCUCUCUGUCUCGGUGUCUCUCCAGCGGGUGUAAGAAGCGGACCAGGGCAUGCGAGAUGAGAGCUUCUCAAAGGGCCCCCUCUGCCCCCCUCCCCAACACACACACACACCCGCCACACACAUCACACCCCCAAUGCACACACACACCCAUCACACACCCCCAACACACACACCCCCAACACACACACACACCUAACACACACACACCCAUCACACACCCAACACACACACCCAACACACACACACCCAUCACACACCCAACACACACACUCAACACACACACCCCCCCAACACACACACACCCAUCACCCACACACACACACAUACCUCCACCCAACACACACACACACCCCGCGUCUUCACGCCAGCCCCGUGUGUGUGUGACAAUCCCCUACCCCCGUCAACAUGGCGAGGAGCUCUGCUACCUGGAGCGAGGUGCCUUGGAGGUAAAUCGACGACACCUCGUGACCUUAUCGCCCUUUCCCGCCAAGCGUCUUACAGAUAGCACCACCGUCUCUAGCUUUGGUCGUGUGGGACAUUGGCAAAGUCGAAAAGGGUUAAAACUUCUACUGAAAACUUCCACUGGGGUGGGGGGGGGGCGGCGGAAUGUUUUGCACGGUGUCCACCCCGGUGCUGGAGGCGAGUGGGGACUUCCCGGCGUGGCUGGAGGCGCAGGGCGUGAACGCGGAGGUGGCCCGGGCCAUGGACUCUGAGCUGGGCAUCCGGGACUACGGGGUCCUGCGCGCCUGCGUCGGGGAUGGCCUCGUGCGUGCCGAGCUGCUGGCCGCGGCGCGCGACCGCCUGCCCUUCGGCUUCUACGCCGUGCUGCGGCAGGUGGUGAAGGCCCUGCAGGGCGCCGAGCCCCACGACGGUGGGACACCGUCUAUGGAGGCAUUCCAUGGCGUGGACGCUGUGCUAAGCAGCCUCGUGGAUGUGCUGGUCAUGCUGUUCAGCGGCCUGAGCCGCGAGCUGUCACUGUCGGUGCAUCGUCUCGGUGCCAUGGAAGGAUCCGUGGGCAACGAGGGAAGCACCAUUCCCACCAGGGUCAUCCGAUUUGGGCACAGGUGCAGUGAAGAGCAGCAGCAACAGCAGCAGCUUCAACCACAACAGCCGGUGCAGCAGGAAAGACUGGCGAUACAGACCAACCAAUCCGCUGCUGUCACAGCAGAGCCUCCCCUGGCCCGUUUGCCCAUGGAGACGAGCGUGGCCUUGGACCUGUGCGGCCACUACUCGCCAAUCUCGUCGGCGACGUCUGAUCAUGGCAUCACGACUGACGACUCCUCCCGGUUGGAGGAGGUGGUGGAUGAUUCUGUGGAGAGAGAGCCGCACACAUGUGCUGGAGAAGCCUUCGAGUUGUUGCCGGAAGUUGAGGAGGAGCUGGACCAACCCGAGCCACAGAAUCUAGGACCUGUGGCAGAAGGCCACGCCACCAGCUAUGACGUCCCUGAGCGGGAGGGCAUAGAACCCGUGACCAGUUUGCCGUUGUCCGCCGCCGGCGCGCACGGCGCCGUGCAGGAGCCGCGGGACGCCGCUGCCGGCGCUUGCGAGGAGGAGCUGACUUUUGUGGAGGAGGAUUCCAUCGGCGGUCCACAGGAAGGGGCGGUCGCGGGGGUUUCGCCUACCCCUGUCGUUGCCACCGCCGCCAACCCCGAGAUGGAGACGAUGGACGCAGCCGCCAGCGAGGGAACCGAGGAGCUGGGGGACCCGCUGGUGAGGCCCGCCACCAGCGCAUCUUGCUGUGAGCCAGACGAGCAGAUGUCCGGCGUAGAGGAGUCUCCGAUCGAUGAAGAACUUCCGCAGAUGGAGAAGCAAUUGCCUGCCACCGAUGCAAACAACAGCAGCAGCAACAGCAGUUGGGAGGAUCUGGUGGCCGUGGCGGUCAAUCUUGCCAUCGGAACGAACCUCACCGACUGGAAGGAACAAGUAGCCGAGGCGGAAACGACACCUGCCAUGGAUGCGCGCAAGACACCGGAGGCUCCCGCGUGUGCGUACCAGGAGGAUUCGGCAACCGUGGCGAGCAAAUCUGCCACCGACGUCAACGACCCCAGCUGGGAUGAAGAUUGUCCCGUAGCAGUCGUGCCUGCCAUCGUCCCAAACCAGCCUGGGAGGAGGAAAGAGUCGGGGGCUGCGGGAGACGCGCCUGCCAUCGGCACACGUGGCUCCGUCUUGGUGGAGUGUGCACCUGGCAUGGGCUCCUACCACGGGGAGGAGGUUCAGGAAGUUGCCAUUGACCUCGCCAUCGGAUCACGCCACUCCGAGCACCAUGAACGCGCGGCCAUAGGGGUCCCGCCCGCCAUCGACGUAUGCGACCCCCCUGUGGGGAAACCGCCGACGGACGUGGUGCUUGACCUUGACACGAACGCCCGCGUCCACAGAUGGAAGAAGCGGGCUGCCGUGGCGACGCUGCCUGGCACCAGCGCUCUGCGCCAGACAUGGACGGAACUCAUGACCACCACCACCAGCAGCAGCAACAAUGAGAAGGAGCCGAGAGAGGUAGCGGAGGCCCCCGUCAUCGCCACUCGUCCACUUGCAUGGGAGGAUCGAGGGUUUGUGGCAGAAACGCCCGCCACCAGCGUUUUGGCCGCAGGGCCUGCCACCAAUGCACACCGCCCGUGGCCGAGGGAAUGGACGUCCGCUGCCGAGCAUCCCACCGUUGUCACCUCUCGCUCCAUGGGAUGGGAGACCGUGACGGGCCCCCCUGCCAGAGAAGCGCAAGACCAAGAGAUUGAGAUGCUCACGACUGGCGCCAGCAGCUGCUGGCAGGACCCGGGUGAUGUGGCGCUAAACCUCGCCAAGGGUAGACACCGCCCUGAGUGGAGGGAGGAGGUAACCGCUGUUAUUCCACCUCCCAAGAGCACACUGCCAGCCAACAGCACGCAACCCGAGAAGGAGCAGAGAGGCUUGUCGCUGGCGCCCACCACCAAAGCGCAAGAUGCUCGCUGGAUGGAGCUCAGGGCUAUGACUGCUACACCUGCCAUGGACGCGCGCCUCGCGCUGUGGGCAAGACCAGAAGCUGCCAUGAGAGGACAUGAAUGGAAACCAAAUGCCACUUCGGGAGCGCCGGCCACCGGCACGCAACGUCUCGGGCAAAGUGAACAAGCAUCAGACUUGCGAUUGCCGCCCGCUACCAACACACACGGCUCUGGUUUGCAACAAUUUGUGGCGACGGCUGUGGACCUUGCUGUCAACACGCACGUAGAGGACCUCCCUGCCACCAGCACCCAUGGCCCCAACUUGCCAAUGUUGGGGGAGACCACCAGCCAGCACCAGGAGACGUUGAGAUCCCUGCUGGCAAGGCUUGCCACCAGUGCACGGUGCAACAUACAGGAUGAUCAUCUGCCUGCCGUCGAUACGCAAUCCCCCCAGUUGGCUGUGUCAGGUGCCAUGAUGGAACCGCCUACCGGCAAAAUUCAGAGCCAUGGUUGGGAGGAACUGUUAGCCGUGGCAGUGAAUCUUGCCAGCAGCAGCACGGCACGUCCCGGGUCGAGAGAAUCGGCAGAAAUGCCCACCACGACGGACGAGCACCACCAGCAAGUGGAGGAAAUGAGAUCACAAGAGUAUGAGGAAGAAGAAGCCGCUGUCGUCAUGCACGAAGAAGAUCCAGCAGCCUUAAAAUUAGCACCCACCAUCGGCACACAGAAUUCUGGCUGGAUGGAGGACCUAGGAGCAGUGACGGUGGCGUCAGUAUCUGCCUCCGGACCUAUUCUUUGGCAAGAAGCCACCACAGCUGCCACCAGUGUCCACCAAGAAGAGCCGAGAAACCCUUUAACAAAUAUUGGCACCAGUGCACAACAGGAACCCAGAGAUCUGGCGGAAGUACAUUGCACAUGUGCUCGUAGUCCGGGGUGGCUGGAGCCGGCGGCUGUCAUUGGCACUUUCAAAGAACCGCGGGAAGCUUUAUCGAAUGAACCACCUGCCAUUGCCGACACCACGAUGGCUGCUGUCGUGCAUGGCACUGCGUGGCAGGAGAACGGUGCCAUGGCAGAGUUGCCUGGCGAAGAAACUGACGAACAAGAAUCGAGGCCGCAUUCGCCUAUCACCACCAUUCACACUGAGAGUUUGAAAGACUUGUUGGACGUAUGUCCCGACAGCACACCGUGGCAAGGGCCCGCGGGGGAACAAAGGGUUGUGGUGGAACUGCCCUCCAAAAGCACAGAGCGCUAUGCGAGAGUUGAUUACAGGCCGUUAAUGCAAAUUCAGAUCGGCAAUGUCACACAUUUGCCUGUGCUAGAGGAACAGAGAGCUGUGAUGCAAUCGCCCACCGCCAUCGUGCCUCAGCCUGUGCCAGAGAUACAGACAACUGUGGCAAAGUUACUGGCCACCAGCAAACCAAGUGAUGAGCCAAUAGUACAAACAACUGCAGCAGAAUUCGCUGUCAAUGUCAUUCCUUGUCCUGUGCCAGAGAAAUUGAAUUUAUCCGCCACCAUCACGCCAAGCCAUGGGCCAGAGAAACCAGGAGCUCCAGCAGAGAAAACUGCCACCAGUACACCGAGCCAUGGACGACAGGAUCCCAAAUCUGUUGCAGAGUUAUUAACGACCAUCGCACCAAGCCAUGGGCCAGAUAAAGAUAAAUCUGUCGCUGAGUUAGCCACGACACAAACGCCAAGCCUUGGUCCACAGGAACAGAAAUGCAUUGCAGAACCGGCCACCAACAUCACUCCAAGCCAGGGUCCGGAGAAGGACAAAUCCGUGGCACACCAGCAAGGCAUGCUGGAGCAGAGUCCCAUGUUGGAAAUGCCUGUCGGCAGCACCCUACGCAUCCCUGUGCUGAGAACGCUGGGGUCGUCGACGGAUCCGCUUAUCCACAGCAUUCUCAAGAAGAGGCCGCUGUCGGAAAUCCCCAUGGAUGGCCCCGCACGCAUCCCCGUGCUGUGCACCCCCGGCGUGGCCACCAGCAGACAGCGGCAGGAGCUGAGGGUGCUGCUUGAAAGGCCCAUCAUGGGCACCAGAUUUUCGUCUGGCCUUAGGUUUGAGCACAGGGCCAUCAAGGAGGUUCCCAUCAGCAGAAUCCACAGCUCCGGCAUGAACAGUGGGGGGGAAGGCACGGUGUUCGAGUCGCAGAGCAGCGGGGGAAGUCACCAGCAUGGCUCCCUGGUGGACAAACUGCCCUCUGGGAGGCAUCCGCGUAAUAUUACGAGGGUGCAACAGAGGCCCAUAAUGGAAAUAUCCAUUGGCGACAUCUACCCACAGAUGUUUGAGCGUUCCACAAGUACUAGCACGUGUAGCACCAACACUAGCAGCACAAACAGUAUCAGCAAACAACAGCAGAAAAAGUCUUCCACCAGCGCACGCCACCACGGGAGCGACCAGCAGGAAUCUGAGUUGGAAUUGACUGCCGCCGGCAAACAGAGCAGCACCACUUCUGGUACCAGCACGAGCAGCGUCACUAUCGCCUCAACCUCUAACAUCAGCAGCAGUAAAACCAGCAGCAGCAAGCACCUGCCACAGUUGAGGACCUUGCUGGAGAAACCUGCCACGACCUCACAUUCCCACAUAAAGGAUCAGCAGGUGCCCACAUUGGGAUCACCUGCCAUUUGGAAACAGGGCUCUGGGCAUCAGAUGUUGGAGGCUGGCACCACCGCGCAUCUCUUGGGGGUGGAGGAAGUUGAGGCGCCAGUAGCAAAAUCUCCUGCCAGCAACGCGCAUGAGGAGAAGGCGAAAGCACAAGCGCCAGACCCCACCACCGACAGCACUCGAGAGCCUGGCCGGAAGGAGCAGGCAUCCACGGCAGCGGUGCCACCCUUUGCCGUCGACAGGCGGAAUGGACCGAGUGCCUCCACAAGCGCUUGCGCUGAGGGGCUGAGAACCGCUGUGGGAAAGCCCUCCGUUGGCGCGCAGCAGGAGCCGUCGGGCAACGCGACGGAAUCGUUCACCAGAAAUAAGAGCCGCCCUCUGUGGGAUGAGUUGGUCGCUGUGGCAGUGAACCUUCGCGAUUCCGAACAGCAGGAGCAGGAGACCAUGUCAAGGGCGCCUGCCGUCGUCAGCAUAGGCAGCCCCGACGGGAGCAAACUGGUGGCUGCAGUCGGAGAGCCCGCCGCAAACUCACGUUGUUUUGGCCUGGAGAUGCAGGGAGCUGCCAUGAAUAUGCAGCAGCAGCAGCAGCAAUAUCAGCAACAGAGAGGCCUGGUGUCGGUGACGGCACCCGCCCUGAACUUGCACAGCCCCACGUACAAAGAGGCUGCGGUGGACAUGUCUGCCAUUGGCGCAAGUCAAGGUGGCGGCGGAGGUGAAGUGGGGGCUGCUAUGGUGGAACCGACCACGAUCCCCAUUUGUCACGGCAGAGAUGGUCCGCAAGCCACGACCAGCUUCACCGCAGAUGGAGACAAGGACAUGGAGGGAUUCGUCAUCCAAAACAUGGGCUCAUCGGAGGGUACCCGCUUCCUGCUUCUCCAAACUGCGUGGCUUCACCAGAGCAUGCUACAGGACAGCACUAACCAAGACUGCUUGAACGUGGCCACGGUCAUCUCCCCGCCCACCAAUGUCUGGCCGCCCGUACCGAGCAGCGUGGAAUCCACAUGCAGUGCACCGCCGCCACCACCACCGCCACCGCCACCGCCAUCGGAAGCCGUCGCCAAGCAGGCCUCGGCCGCCAACAGUGACAGCGACGACGACGGCGGCGGCCGCGACAAGCCCCAGCUGCGCUGCGUGGAUUGCGGGCGCAUGUUCCAUCACCAUGAGAACCUGUACUCGCACAUGAAGCUGCACACGGGCGCGCCGGGCUACCCGUGCGCGGUGUGCGGCCAGGUAUACAUGACCGAGGUGCAGGUGAACGCCCACGAGCGGCAGCGGCACUCGGCCGAGCGUCCGCACCGCUGCAGCGUGUGCGACCGCACGUACCCGGAGGGCGCCGCACUGCGCGCCCACAUGCGGCAGCACGCGGGCGAGCGGCCGCACGUCUGCACCGUGUGCGGACGCUCCUUCACGCAGAUGAGUAACCUGCGGCGGCAUCACGUGGUGCACACGGGCGAGCGGCCGCACGUCUGCGCCGUGUGCGGGCGCUCGUUCGCGCUGCACGAGGACGCGGUAGUUCACGAGCGGGCGCACGCCGGGCCGCGGCCGCACGUCUGCGACGAGUGUGGCCGCGGCUUCACCUAUUACUGCGAGCUCAAGAUCCACAUGCGCAAGCACACGGGCGAGAGGCCGCACAAGUGCGACGUCUGCGGCAAGGCAUUCGCGCAGCUCAGCAACUACAAGCGCCACCGCGUCAAGUGCCAGGGGAGCAGCAGUAGCCUGCAGGCGAAGGCCGCUGACGGCAACGGAGCUCGGCCAGGCGGGCUGAAGGAUCAGGAGCCCGGGGAGAAUCGAAUCGAGUCGUGGACACACGAUCUUCAGGAUGCCUAUAUUCAGCACAAAAAGGCUCGAAUGUCCGAACAUGAAGAAAGUAGGCAGCAGCAUCAGAGUGAGACUCGUACAAACGAGCCCACAAUAAGCCAGGUGGAAUCGAACGACCCCAGGAAGAGUGAGUCGAGAGGGAACGUCCGCAAGAGGAAAAAGCCCGUUAAAAAGAUCCGUCCUGAGGACUUGCCUCAGCCAAAGUGAUUUUCAGAACAAACAAACCCUGGAAUCGAAGUAUUUUCCCCCAUUUUGUAAUCAUAGGAAAGCUACCCUUCGUUUUUUUUGUUUUCCACUCGAUGAACACCUCCAGACAGUGUCGAUUGUCGACACCAUUUAAUGAUGCUCCAACCGUAUUGUGGAGCAUGGUGGGGAUUGGUGAAGGUUAAGAGGCACCCAAGAUUUAUUCCGAUAUCUCUCACUGCUGAUGUUAGCCUUAGCUGGUAUCAAACUCUGGAUAGCUGGGUUCGAUGGCCUCGGUAAGCAAGACCACUUUACCCCUGCCAAUUAAUGGGGCUUACCUUCGAAGAAGUAUUCGAAGAAGUAUUUUCAAUUUGCGUGGAAAUUUAUUCCAUACGAUAACAAAAAAAACACAGGAAUUGCUUCCCAUGGAGAGAAAAUAAAUCUCGAAAGCAAUAUUACGAUAACUGUGGUGAUAAGUCUACUACUGAGGCUUAAUUGAUCUCUUAAAUUGCCAUGUAUGGACGCUGUUCUGUUUAAUUUGUGUCCUGCUUUUUUAUAUUGUCAUCAAUAACAGUUCUUGUGCCACCGCUUAACUUUAAAGAACAGAAAUUACUUGCCUGAAUUGUAAAUGUUUUGCUUUUUAAAAUGGCAUUAUCCAAACUUAAAAAUCCCCAUGCCGCUGACGUUUGAGAAUGUAAAUGAAUAGUGGGAUGAUAGCAGGGGCAGCGGCUAUUCCUGUAAAAAAAAUCCCUGUAAAAAUGUUACGUCAACGCAUGCGACAGCCUUUGAGAAAUAUGGUGAACGUUUAGGCGUGGUCAAACUGGUGUCGGUGAUACUUGCUAAUAUUAACGUUUUUUGGGUGAGAUCGCAUAAACGUGAAUGUGUUGUAAACCCACCUUGUCACGUGAACAAAAUAUACCAGUUACAGUAAAUCCACACUUCACAGUACAAUUUAAGUACCGUGACGUUUUGCUGCUGAUUACAGCCAGCUUCAUCAGGUGAUUGCCAUACUUGUGAAGACAUCUUCCUGUUUCCGGUCUUAAUUAGAGUAAAGGCGACGUCAUCACUGAGUGCCUAUAAGGUGCAAAAAACCCAGGGGGUUUGUUGACAUCACCUUACUCUAUUUAAGACUGUAAUAGUAACUAAUUGGCACAUUUUGUUCACGUGACAAACCUCACUAAUUGGCUGCGUCGGGUGGACGUGGGUUUUUAUAACACAUUUACACGAUCAAACCGAAAAAACUUUGAGGAAUAAUAUUGGUUUGGAAAACCAACGUGGUGUUACAUUUAAUUUUGUCUUUUGUGAAAACUAACCAUUAUUCAGCCUCACAACAAUUUAGGAAUGUGUCUGUUUGUUUUCAUGGGAAGUUUAUAACGUGAUUUUACUAAACUAUGGCCAAUGCUCCUUGGAAUCAGCAUUCUAAAAAUCCACGACAUCACAACCCUUGUUAGAAUGGCUGAUAUAGAGCAACACAGCUAUAAUUUUACAUUAAGGUGGUUGAGCCAGAUGGUUGCGUCAGGAGUAGCGCGCGGAGUGGGGUAUCGCUGUGAUGUUGCCGCCUUCAUAUUUGUGAAUCAGUCCAUUGCGUUGGCGCCACGGUGGCGAGAUGUUAAAUACCUCGCCUGGUAGACAGGAGUUAGUGGGUUCGAUCUCGAUACCGACACCUGUAUAUUUUGAGUUUGCAUGUCUUUCUGUCUCCCUGAGGUCGCGUGGAUUUUUUUCCGGGUCCUCCGGUUUUUACCUCCGCAUUUAGAAUCAACGUGCAUUUAUAGUAUUUGGCUGCAAGAAAUGUGCACAUGAUAAGCCACUUCGUUGAGCUAUCAUUUGUGGCCAGGACGCUACUGAAAAAGAGCUAUAUAGCUCAGUGGGGCCUUACCUGAUAAAAUAAAAAACAUUUUAAUUUUUGUUAUAUGUUCCAUGGUUCUGUUCUGGGUGACCAGAGUCGCUACACACUGCUGGAAAUUUUAUAAUUUUCCAUUUGUGCUUCAAGUAUCUGCUGUGGCCCAUAAGCUUUGCAGAAGAUCGAAGUCGGAGGAUCUUCAGCAUUGGGUCUUUCACAGCCCUAAAAGAUAAUUUAUGUUUUACAGUCUACACAUGAGUGUAAAUGUUUCUUGAAGUUCAUUGAAAUCCUUGGUUUAAUAAGUAUGACCACUUACACUGGAAUUACCAAUGUUGGCCCUCAGGCUUGUGGUUACGAUUUUAACACAUUGUUUUAAAUAUUAGAAGGACAUUUGACUUUCAUUUCAAUUCACCGUACACAGUAUUGCACAAAGGCAUGCAUGCACGCGUGCGUAUGCACAACCAAAACUCCAAGAGACGACGGCCCUUCACUGAAAUUUCCGCGGGGGUUUUGAUGCAUAUUGGCGGGACAGUUUUUUUCUCUCUCACAUUUUUGACAGUUUUGAACAAAGCCUUUGAUAAAUGCGCUGAGGGAUUUUGCAUGUUGAAGUCUGCGGAGGGAAGGCGAACCAGAUCAUUGGUUGAGAAUAGUUUAAGGAAAUGUAUAAUGGGGUGAAGGCAGUGGUUAUGGACAAAGAGGUGUGGUUGGAAGAGUUUGAAGUUAACCGGGUUAUGUCAGAGAUCAGCGUUAAGACCAUUGCUAUUUGUCAUCUCUGUUGCAAUGUGUUGAGUGAGUGAGGAAACUGAAAAAAGGGUUGUUGUGGAAGCAUUUUGUUUACUGAUGUGGCUGUUAUGGCAUUUGCAAGGGGAGCUGAAAGCCAGGUGGCUGUGAUGGCGCAAAUGUCUUGGAGUAGGGAAAACGAAUGGUCAUUUCCCAGAAAGAAAGAGGCCAGCAGUCCAUAAGAAAGGAUGACGUUAAUAUUGUGGACAGAGUGAUGCACAUAAAGUGCAGGCCAAAGUAGUUUUAGAGUAGUUAAGUAUAAAAGAGAGGAAGGAUGGUGUGAGUUGGAGGUCAAGGAAAGAAUUGAGACAGGAUGGCACAAAUCGAUAGAGGUUUCAGGAACUGUAUGCGACAGAGAUCCCAAUCAAAUUUCAGCUUGUGCUGAUGAAGGUCGCGGUGACAUCAUGUUGAGGAGGACGGUCUAGAUCUCCCUUUCCCUCGCCACAGCUCUUCCUAGGGAAUUUCCAGGCGUUCCCAGGCUAGCCGAGCAAUAUAGUCCUGCCAGCAUGUCCUGGGCCGGCCCCAGGGUCUUCGCCCAGUCUACUGGGGGACAUCCUUACCAGGUGCCUAAACCACCUCAACUGGCUCCUCUCGAUCUGGAGGAACAGCAGAUUCGACUGAGGUGCUCCCGGAAUACCGAGCUCCUCAACCUAGCACAGAGUGAGCCUGGCAACCCUGAGGAGAAACCUCAUUUUGGCCCCUUGUACCUUGCGAUUUCAUCCUUUAGGUCAUUACUUAAAGCUCAUGACCAUAGGUGAGGGUGGGAAUUUGGAUCGACCUGUAAAUUGAGAGCUUUGUUCAAGGACUCAGCUUCCGCUUCACUACCACGGAACGGUACAGCGCCCGCAACACUGCGGACGCCGCACCAAUCCGCCGGCCGAUCUCCCGCUCCAACUUACCAUCACUCGCGAAAGAGACCCUGAGGUACUUAAACUCCUCCACUAAGGGCAGCUGUUCCCCCCUCACCUGGAGAGAACAAUUCACCAUCUCCCGGGAGUGAACCAUGACCUCAGAUUUGGAGGUGCUGAUCCUCAUCACAGCCGCUACGCACUCCGCAUCAAACCGUUCAAGUGCACGCUGGAGAUCAGAGAGUGGGAAGGCAAAGAGGACAACGUCAUCUGUAAAAAACAUCGACGCCACCUCCAUGCCCCCAUACUGGAUACUCUCCAUACCUCGGCAUUGCGUUGAUAUCCUGUCCAUGAAAAUCACAAACAGGAGUGAAGACAAGAUGCUCCCUUGUCGGAGUCCAACACCCACAGUGAACGACUUGAUUUAAAAGCAAGAAUAUGGACACAGCUCUCGCUCCAGGAAUAGAGGGUCCGGAUAGUGCACAAAAGCAGCACCGGUACGUCAUCCUCCCGCAGCACCGCCCACAAGACAUUGCGAGGAACACGGUCAUAUGUUUUCUCCAAGUCUACAAAGCAGAGGUAGACUGGAGAAACAUACUCCCAUGACCCCUCAUAUUUGUGAAAGGGAAAAGAGGAUGGUCCAUUGUUCCACAACCAUGACGGAAUCCGUAUUGUUCCUCCUGAAUCUUGACCACCGCGAGGAGCCUCUUCUCCAACACUCUGGCAUGGGCUUUACCUGGGACACUGAGGAGUGCAAUUCUUCUGUCGUUGGAGCACACCCUUUGGUCCCCUUUUGAAAAAAAUGGGAACCAUGACCCUAGUUUGCCAGUACAGUGGCACUAUACCCACUUUCCAUGCAGCAUUGAAGAGGCGUGUUAACCACGACACUCCUACACAGUCCAGCGCUUUUAACAAUUCUGGGCGAAUCUCGUCCACCUCAGCAGCUUUGGUGCUAUGAAGGCCCUCGACCGCCACAGUGACUUCCGCAACCGUGAUGGAUCUGACCACAGCAGUUAUUUCUUGGGCUGCAUUGUGAAAGGAGGGCAUGUAUACCGGGUUGAGGAGCUCCUCAAAGUGUUUCUUCCACCUCUCGGCGAUCUCCUUAGUUGAGGUCAAUGUUACGCCACCUUUACUGAAAACAGCCUGGGCCACGUCCCAUCGACCCCCCCCUAAGGCGUCAGAUGUAUUGCCAGAAUAUAUUUGAGGCUGCCCAGUAGUACAUUUCCAUGGCCUCUCCAAACUCAUUCCACACUCAGGCUUUCGCUUCAGCGACUGCUGUAGCUGUCGCCCGUCUUGGCACGCUGGUACCUCUCUAUUGGGUCAGGAGACCUUUUUCCAAGAAUAGCUCGGAAAGCCUCCUUCAACUCGACAGCUUCCCUCAUCACUGGUGUCCUAGGGUUGCCGCCAUGACAGGCACCAACUGCCUUCAGGGCACAGCUUUUCGCAGCUGCAUCCACAAUCGAGGUCCUGAACAUUGUCCACUCGGACUCGAUGUCCACGACCUCCUCUCGAGUGCAGGAUACGUUUUCCCGGAGGUGGAAGUUGAAAUAUUUAUGCACUGGGUCCUUCCACCCAAACUAUUCGUUUGGGCCUUCCACGUCUAACUGAUCCCCAGGUGGUGAUCAGUUAACAGCUCUGCCCCUCUCUUCACUCAAGUGUCUAGAACAUACGGCCUUAGGUCCAAUGAUACAACUAUUAAGUCAAUCAUUGACCUACGGCACCAAGGGGCACUGGCAUCAAGUACACUUAUGAGCAUCCUUGUGUUCGAACAUGGUGUUUGUUAUUGGCAUUCCGUGACUAGCACAGAAUUCCAAUAACAUCUCACCGUUCAGGUUCACAUCAGGGGGGACAUUCCUCCCAAUCACACCUCUCCAAGUAUCUCCAUCAUUUCCCACAUGAGGAUUGAAGUCACCCAGUAAGACUAUGGAGCUGGUAGGCAGCACUCUGUGGAGGACUGCACCCCACCGUCUCCAAGAAGGCCGAAUACUCUGAACUGCUGUUUGGUGCAUAAGCACAGACAACAGUCAUAGUUUUCCUUUCUGAGACCAGAUGUCUCAUUGAGGUGACCCUGUCAUCCACUGGGACAAACUCCAACUGAACAGCACCCAGCCAGGGGCUUAUGAGUAUCCCCACACCCGCCCGGGGCCUCUGACCAGGGGUUACUCUGGGAUAGGAGAGAGACCACCUCCGAUCGAGAAGUUUGGUUCCAGUGCCAAUGCUCGGUGUAGAGGUGAGAUUGACUCUAUCUAGUUGGUACCUUUCCAUCUCCACCAGCUCUGGCUCCUGGUCAAACUGAAUGGGGAAAAUAUAUCAAGUGAUACGACCCAACUCUGUUAUGUGGUGCAGAGAUGUGAGCACGAAGGAAGAGUUCACAAAAAGUGCUUGAAAGGAUGGAGAUGAGAGAUGAUAUUGGGGAUGUUGUGAUUUGACAGCAUGAAGGAGUUUUUAAGUCUUCACAGUGGUUACAGACAUCGCAAGACGGUAUGGGAGACUUCGAUGGGUUUGGGCAUGUGUUGAGAUGUGACGAAGUGACGCUAAGGAAGAAUAACAAAAGGUGCUUGAAAGGAUGGAGAUGAUAGAUGGAUAUUGGAGACGUGAUUGGACAGCAUGAAGGAGUUUUAAAGCUUCCACAGUGGUUACAGAUAUCACAAGACGGUAUGGGAGACUUCGAUGGGUUUGGGCAUGUGUUGAUAAGAUGAUGUAAUUCAAAGGACUAUGGAGAGAGAUCCUGGUGCAUAGGGUCGAAAGAGUAGAGAGAGACCGAGGGUGAAAUGGAAGAAUGUGGUGGAAUGAGAUGUAAGGAUUAUCGAUGUGACAAGAGAAGAAUCACAGCGUAGAGGUUUGUAGAGAAAUAAUCUGAGCACCUAAUCCCGUGCAAUAAUGGGACAUUUGUCUUUGAAGUAGAAGAAGAUUGGCGGGACAUGUGGCGGUGAUCGCGUAAAUGUAUAAAUGUGUCGUUAAAACCCGCCGCUACCCGGCACGGCCAACUAGUAAGGGUUGUCACGUAAACAGAACAUGGCAAUUCGUCAAAAAACCUCAUGGAUUAUAUUGGUCGCGAAAGCCAUAAACUUUGAUGGGUAUUCUGGAGCAUUGUUUUGCCGGCAGAAUUUGUCUCAAGCCGACAAACGACGGGACUCAUUUUGACUUUAUUAAAUCUCAUCAGCUUCAGGGUUGCCUCCGAUGUUGUAUUGUUACCCAUUGCUUUUUUUGACCAGGUGGUUUUAAUGUUUGCUCACCGGGAGUGAUGAUAUUUGUUGUGUUUUACCACGUAUCUAUGGAAGACCACGUUGAAGGUUGUCGUUUUCUACCCCACAAUUGCAAAUGUAGAUAUGAAAAUAAAACGUUUUUUGUGAAAAUGUAUAUAUUUUAGAGAAUAAAAAUUGGCAAAGGAAAUGCACGAAAAUGAAUAAUGUUCAACAUGUCAAAUGGCACUUAAUGUACAAUAAUAAUGUACAGUGCCUUGUCAAUUCACUGGUGGAUGAAGACCUCCCCAUGCCUUGUCAGUCAUGGGGGAUUUUUUUUGUAACCAUAUUUCAAACACACUCGCACAGUGCAUCUGAACCAAGCUAACAAGGGAUCUCAUUGUAUAAGGGGCGGUAAAGGUGUGGGGGAGUUGGGGGAGGGGGGGACUAUGGCCCAGGACCGGUUCGGAUAGCAAUCACCACUAUUGUUUGCCGUAGCCAGGAAUCAAUUUCAGGUCGUCGGCUCCAUAGCACAAUGUGGUAACUGCUGCACUAUCGCUUCGCCCCGUUAUACAUUAUAAUCGUUUUUUACGGACUCUCUCUCCUUGUUGGGAUAUUAGGACGGGGGUGUAUUGCUGUUGUUUUAUUGAGACAGCUGACUAGAUGAACAUUUACUGUACUCUACAGUCCUCAGUCCAUUCAUGAUGCAGUUGUCUUCUAUAUAGUUCAUGUGGGUUGCCUUUUUUGUAUGACUGAAGUCGAAUAAAAUUACUGCCUAAAGUGAA